AUGGCUUCUCAAGGUGCACGUGCUGAUCAAGUAGCUAGUAGGGAAGAGUUAUACGAGUCCGUAGAGGGCUCAGUGGCACCUGUAAGUGCAGGUGGGGUGGAAGUAGGUCGAGAGGGUGUUGGUGUUGAGGCUCCUAUUCCUCCCGGUGGUGCUUUAGUGGCAGGAUUACCACCAGAGUAUGCACAGAUAUUUCAAAUGGCUUUUCAAGCCCAAGCGCAGUUACUUGCACAGGCGCACGCAUCCACUCCAGUGCCAGCACCAGUAGCCCCUACAAUUGACCGUAAUUAUGAAAGAAUCAGGAAUAUGGGGGCUAUAGAAUUUGAAGGUACCCUAGACCCAGAGAUUGCUGAAAGUUGGUGGGAAAAAGUCGAAGAUGUGAUGAACUUGGUAAAUUGCAUUCCAGAGAACCGACUUAAGUAUGUUGUUUCUUUGUUCGUGGUUAAUGCCUCGAUUUGGUGGAGGUCUGUAAAGAGGGUUUAUGAACCAAGAGAAAUAACAUGGGCUGAGUUUCAGAAAGAAUUUGAUGAUAAAUACAGACCCAAGAUGUACCGAGACAAGAAGAGGAUGGAGUUCCUAAAUUUGGUGCAAGGGGAUGAACAGACGGUGGCAGAAUAUGAACUCUGUUUUGCGGCAUUAGCCAAGUAUGCACCAAAAGCAAUAGCGACGCAGGAGGAUCAUUGUUACCGUUUUGAACAGGGGCUACGACCAGAGAUCAGAAGAGGCCUCGCAGUCAGAAUCACAAAUUUUAAAACUCUUGUUGAAUCAGCGGUUCGGAUGGAAGAAGCAGUAAUGGGGGACAAGAAGAAGGGGGCAGAGAAGAGAAAAUCAACGUAUACAAUAGGGGAAUCGAGUAGGUUGACCAAGAGGGGAACCGAUCGCUCAUUCUCAGCGGCAAGUGAAGGGGAGCUGGACCGAGUUAUGAUCGAGGACCAAUUUUUUCUCCGAGCUGUUCUACUCAAUCACUGUGGAGGUAGAGGACACAUAGCCAGGAAUUGUUCCAGUCAGACUAUAGGCGGGGUUGAAAGUGUUGCUAGCGGGACCUAG